CACACACACAAAGAAAGAAAUAUAAAGCCAAACCCAUUCUCUUCACCAGAAUUUUCUGGAAUCUCCUGAAGAGGAUCGGUCUUGGGGGAGGAAAAUGGCUAAGGGACCACAGUGGUCUCAGGAAUACAGUCCUUAUUGGUGGGGGAUACUUUCUAAGACUCCCAAGUGGAUGCCAGAAACUGCCAUUGGUAACGAACUCUGGAUAUACUUUAUUUUUUCCUGUACACGUAUGUAUGUACAUACUGAUGACAUUUGAUUUCGAAAUUAGGCACAAUAAGAGAUUGAUAGCAAUAACUGCUAAUUAAAAGAACAAUUGUGUAAAAUAACGGUGACUUCAACACAAAGCACUGCAGUACUCCAGCAGUUGGUCUGACAACUGAGAUGGCUCCUAAAUGACUAAUAGUCGGGGAGCAUAGACAGCGGGGACACACUGGACCAAAGGAUGAUUCAUGUCUCAGGUGGGACAGAGUGGGACAGUACGUGACUUAAAACUUAUGAAUUGUUUCUUUCCGUAAUUUUCCAUUUAGUCUUUUCAGACCACAGUUGACCUCGGGUAUCCAAAACCUUGAACAGCAAAACCGUGUAUGUUAAAAAUGUAAUCGUUGAAUUGCAGAAGUGACCUAGUACCAAGGUUAUAUAACUAUUGAGGGGCAAAGGUGGCUGACCUAGUUGAUGGCACGUAUGUGGGCGUGUGGCAACUGGUGCUUUUUUGGCUGCCAGCCCCAGGUUGAGGGAGUCAUUACUUUCCAAGUGCCCUGUCCCUGAGUCCCCUUAGGCAGUGAGGACAGAACCCUGUAAGCUAUGAGCUACUUUCAAAGAGUCAUUGAAGGCCUGGACGCGGUGGCUCACGCCUGUAAUCCUAGCACUCUGGGAGGCCAAGGUUUUAAAAUGGAAAAUUUUGAUGCAUCACUUAGUCCCUAUUUCAAAGCAUUGCUAGGUACCCGAGAUACCAGAGUAAAAGGAUGGUUUCUUCUGGACAAUUACAUACCUACAUUUAUCUGUUCCAUCAUAUAUUUACUAAUUGUAUGGCUGGGACCAAAAUACAUGAAGAAUAGACAGCCGUUCUCUUGCCGGGGUAUUUUAGUGGUGUAUAACCUGGGACUCACGUUGCUGUCUCUCUACAUGUUCUGUGAGUCCACAAAGAAGCAUCCUUGCUUACCGACCUGUGCCUCACACACUGAUCCUUGGACUCAGCAGCAGCUGCCGGGGAACAGGUUAGUAACAGGAGUAUGGGAAGGCAGAUACAACUUUUUCUGUCAGGGCACACGCAGCGCGGGAGAGUCAGAUAUGAAGAUCAUCCGUGUCCUCUGGUGGUACUACUUCUCUAAACUGAUUGAAUUUAUGGACACCUUCUUCUUCAUCCUGCGUAAGAACAACCACCAGAUCACAGUGCUGCACGUCUACCACCAUGCCUCCAUGCUGAACAUCUGGUGGUUUGUGAUGAAUUGGGUCCCCUGUGGCCACUCUUAUUUUGGAGCCACACUCAACAGCUUCAUCCACGUCCUCAUGUACUCGUACUACGGUCUGUCUUCAGUCCCUUCCAUGCGUCCGUACCUGUGGUGGAAGAAGUACAUCACUCAGGGGCAGCUGCUUCAGUUUGUGCUGACAAUCAUCCAGACCAGCUGUGGGGUCAUCUGGCCAUGCACAUUCCCUCUCGGUUGGUUGUAUUUCCAGAUCGGAUACAUGAUUUCCCUGAUUGCUCUAUUCACAAACUUCUAUAUUCAGACCUACAACAGGAAGGGGGCCUCCCGGAGGAAAGACCACCUGAAGGACCACCAGAACGGGUCCGUGGCUGCUGCGAACGGGCACACCAACAACUUUUCUUUCCUGCAAAACAAUGUGAAGCCAAGGAAGCCGAGGAAGGAUUGAAAUCCAAGAGUUGAAAACCUCCAAACCGCGUCAUCUGAUUGUAAGCACAGUAUGAGUUGUGCCCGAUGCUCGUUAACAGCUGCUGUAACUAGUCCAGCCUACAAUAGUGUGACUCACGUAGGACCCCUUUCAUCAGUUCAAAACCCUUAGAAAACGUAUACAGAUUAUACAGGUAGGUUAAGAUUUCUAACAUUUCUGGGCUCUC